AUGAAGAGCUUGAUUGCAAUCCCUGUCGCAACCUUCGUUGCUUUUAUAGCAAUAUCCUACUGUGUGCCAUGGUACACAUAUUUUAAAGGGAGGCCAAGGCCGUUGAGAGCGGAAGAUAUGAGAGAUCAGAUCGAAAGCAUGUUUCUGGCAUCCUGGAGAGACUAUUCCGAAUAUGGCUGGGGAUACGAUGUGUAUGGCCCUAUUAAGCACACUUUCCAUAAUAUUCCUCGUGGAAACCAGCCGCUGGGUUGGAUCAUUGUAGAUUCCCUGGAUACUUUGAUGUUGAUGUAUAACUCCUCCACGCAAUACAAGCGUAAGUUUAAGGCAGAAAUUUUGAAAUCGGAGGAAUGGAUAAAUGAUGUCCUGGAUUUUGAUAUUGAUGCUGAAGUGAAUGUUUUUGAGACCACUAUUAGAAUGCUUGGUGGUUUAUUGUCAGCAUAUCAUCUCUCAGAUCUACUUGAAGUGGGUAAUAAAACUGUUUACUUGAACAAGGCGAUUGACUUGGGGGAUAGGCUUUCCUUGUCAUUUUUAUCCAGCAACACUGGAAUUCCAUACUCUAGUAUUAACCUACGUAGUGGUCAGGCCAUUAAGAAUCAUGCAGAUGGUGGUGCGUCUUCCACUGCAGAAUUCACCACAUUACAAAUGGAGUUCAAAUACCUGGCGUACUUGACGGGGAAUCGUACUUAUUGGGAGUUGGUUGAACGUGUUUACGAGCCUUUAUACAAAAAUAAUGAUCUUUUGAAUACUUACGAUGGAUUGGUUCCAAUUUACACACUGCCGGAGACUGGCAAAUUUAGUGGAAUGACCAUCAGAUUCGGAUCUAGGGGCGAUUCGUUUUAUGAGUAUCUGCUGAAACAGUAUUUACUGACGCACGAAACGCUUUAUUAUGACCUAUAUAGAAAGUCCAUGCAGGGCAUGAAGAAGCAUUUACUAAGACAUUCUAAGCCCUCCUCAUUCAGCUACAUCGGCGAAAGAGAAAGAGGCCUGAAAGGAGGGUUUUCUUCAAAGAUGGACCAUCUUGUUUGCUUCAUGGGCGGAUUAUUGGCAUCCGGCGCCACUGAUGGCCUUCCUUUCCAUGAAGCUCGUAAUAGACCAUUCUUUUCUUUUUCCCCUGAAAGAAAAAGUGAUUGGGCUUUGGCUAAAGAACUAACUUACACGUGUUAUCAAAUGUACAAUCAGACACCUUCAGGACUUGCUCCUGAAAUCGUUGUCUUCAACGAAGGAAACACUAAACGACAUGGUUGGUGGCAGUCGCCAUCGGGCGAUUUUUUUGUAAAACCGCACGAUAGGUAUAACCUACAAAGACCAGAAACGGUAGAAUCAAUCAUGUUUAUGUAUCAUUUAUCCCAUAAUAGCAAAUACCGUGAAUGGGGAGCCGAAAUUGCGAAGAACUUUUUUGAAAACACCUGUAUUGAUUGCAGUGACCCAAGAUUGAGACGCUUCACAAGUUUGAGUGAUUGUAUCACGUUACCUACAAAAAAAUCUAACAACAUGGAAAGCUUUUGGUUGGGAGAGACCUUGAAGUACUUGUACAUAUUAUUUUUAGAUGACUUUGAUUUGACUAAGGUUGUUUUCAACACAGAAGCACAUCCUUUUCCAGUACUAGAUGAAAAAAUUCUAAAAUCGAAAUCUCUGACCACAGGAUGGUCGUUAUAG